AUGACAAUUUUCCUUCCCUGGCAUUGUUUAUCCACCUAUCCAGCAAGUGAAAACACGGACGACACCGGACCGGAUAGUAAAAUGUUUCCCAUUUGUCGGUUUUGUCUGUGCGAUAAUGAAACCCGCCUCGAUCUAAUCGCAACCUCACUGGACGGAUCUCUUACGAUAGAAAGUGUGGAACGCUUUACAGGCAUCCAGCUACACCACGAAGAACAUGGCUCAUACGCGCUGUGCCGGGAUUGUGCCGAAAAAUUAAAACAAUCCGUCGCCUUUCGAGACAACUGCCUAGCCAAUAGUGCGCUUUUCGAGCAGCUGUACAGUAGUAGCAUUAUAUACGGGCAGGAGGAAGAACCUCCCGACGAAACACUGCCAACAGCAGCAUCGAGCGUAAAGGUAGAACAAUUAGAAAUUGAAAUAGUGUGCGAAAAGCCAACGAAAUUAACCGAGGAUGGGCCGGAAUGGCAGUACAGUGUCGAAGAGUUUUCACACGAUUCGCCACACUCGGCUGAUGGCUAUUGUUCGGAAAAUUGUAUCGCACAGGACCAAAUAAAGUCGGAGGCCGAACGAGAUAACGAUACUGACGCAAGCCUAACCCUUCCACCUAGUACUGGCAAACCAUUGAAGCGGCCGAAAUUGAAACGAAAAGCGACGAACAUGGCAACGGUGGAUGACGGAAGCAACGCCGCCCCCGCGCACAGAAACCGGCCAAAGCAGCUCUGCCCGACGUGUGGCAAGCUGGUAAACAAUCUGACGUUGCACCGUGCCUGCCACGCGACGGCAACGAAAUACGCUUGUCCGCACUGUCCGACGCGAAUGAAGGACCCGGCUAACCUGAUGCGUCACGUGCAGGCGGUGCACUUGAAGAAGGUGGUCAAAUCCUGCGAACUGUGCGGCCAGGGGUUUACACACAAAAACAUCUACACCUCGCACAUGCGCGCUAAGCAUGGAAUUGGAGAAUCGUACAGGUGCGACGUGUGCGGUAAUGUGUUCCGGCAUCCGAACGGUUUGCGGGACCACAUAAAGCGGUUUCAUCUGACCGACAGCAACUAUGACUGCCCCACGUGCGGAAAGAGUUUUAAAACCAGCCAAUCGUUAAAAUUGCACGCUAAUGUGCAUACAACGCAAAAACCGUACACGUGUCUGCACUGUCCCAAGAAGUUCAAAAGCCGAACCGCCAAAGCGGCACAUCAGCUAACGCACAGCGGCGUCACGUUUGGCUGUACGUUCUGCGAUAAGUCGUACAAGUACAAGGUGCAGCUCAAUGCACACAUGAAGAAGAGCCACGAUGCGAGUAUUACCGAGACCAGAAAUGAUAGUGAUGAUUUCUCCAAGAUGUUAAGCAACUGUUACGAUACUUUCUACAAAAUUGCGUGAUCGGAUCUCUAUACCGUGAUGAGGUAUAUGUAAGAAAGUAGGUUGGUGUAUGAAAAAUGGAGAAUAUCAAGUGGACAUUACAGUAAAAAUUUAAAGAGCUGAAUGAGACCAAAUGAUUUAUAUUUUUUAAAAGUAAUAAAAGCAAUUACUCCAAAAUUUCAAACCUGCUGGCACG